CACACAACGACAGCGCAACACAGCUGCACCACAGAUGGACGGAGCCAGUAAUGGACUUCCCUUACUGACUUUUAUAAGCGAUUUUAUGGUUGGAUUCCUGUCGUGUCGUCCUUUCUUCUAAUUUAGCAAGGGGUCAAUUGCAGCGUUCCACCUUUACGCAUCCCGGUAGCCGGGGCAAAACGGACACUCGAGACUGUCAACAGCAGCAAGUACAGAAGUACAAGAGCCAUUAAAGCAAGGACCUAUCUCUGCUCUCAUGUUUUAGAGAUGCUCAACAGUGCAAUGAAGACCUGAAACCUGACAAUCCAUGCCCUGCUGAACACACACACCAAAGAGUUGCAGACACCAGUGUCAUAGCAGUGCUUGUGUAUGUGUGUGUCUGUGUGGCCAGCCCUGUCUGUGUAUUUGUGCAUACUCAUUCUGCUGAGUUUAGCACUGUGGAGCUGAGGACUUAAGCCAAAAAGUAUGGUCCAACUGUCCACCUCAGUCUGCCUACUGGGAUGCCUUUUAGGCCUGUUUCUGCUAGCACCUGUUCUAAUGGCCCAGACGCCAGCCAGCAUGUGCACACCCUUGAAGACCCUCAAUGACAGCCUCAGCCACAGGCGGCGGUACAUGAAGCACAACUUCCCCAUAAACUACACCAUCAGGGUUCAUCAGAAGGAAGUCUUUAAACUCACAAACAUAAGCAGAAUGAAAUUACAGGUGGUGGGAUUGGAUGAACUGGUUCUCCAGAGGCUAUGGUUCCAGGUCAACCAAGGCGUGUUAAAAAAGAUCAUCCGGGUUAUGCCAGAAAGACAUCCUUCGCGUCCAUACACCGCUGAGUUGGAAAGACGCUUCAGGGAUGCUGAGGGAGUCUUUGUACAGUCGCAUCCUGCUGAGGUGUUCCAGCAGGACCUUCCAGAGACUAUCCAGGACAUUUGGGAUCGUUUAACAGAAGAGCCUGACAGAGAGCCAGACUCCAACUGGCGAUUUGUUUCUCCGAAAUCCCUCCUAGACAACUUCUGCCACACCAUGUACUGCCUCUUCAGCGAGUGCUUUGCCAGCACAGAAGCGCAGCAGGACUACUGUGGUGUUUCCCAUUGGAGGAAAGGCAGGAAGAAAGACUUUCAGCCCGAAAGCUGAGAAGAGGCCAGUGGGGUGAAGUUGUCCCAGUUGAUACUGAUUAGGGAUAAGUAUCAUUAUCUCUCUUGAGCUGUAGGGAGAGGGGUAAAAGGACACUCCACACUGUAACUAGACAGCUCAGUUCUGAUUUGUGAACAUCAAUAAGUCUUUCUCAAAUCUUCCAAAGAAGAUAAUAUGAUAAUAUGAUUAAGACACAAACCCUGGAAGGACUCCAUCACUAAAUGCAGACUAAAAUUGUAGGCACAGUAACAGUAUUCAUGAUGAUUUUAUGAGCGUAUGGACUUCCUAUUAAAAUUACAUAAAGGUAAUUUUGGAGUAAAAGCUCCAACUCCUCAGUAUUUCCAAAUCUCUGUCAGGUAGGAAGCCCAAAGUAUUUCUCUUCAUGGCAUGUCAGACUGAUACUAGGGAAUUGGGGUUACUAGUUUUGGAAGAGAUUUUUCAUGUUCACAUAUAUCAACUAAACUGAUGUAUGAUCAAUAUAUUAGAUAAUUCCUUUUCUAAGGUGGAUUCUCUAAGAGGGGGAGUGCAGCGCAUGCUGCUUAAUCCUUGUCAACGAAGGGUUAACUUCACCUGGCGUGAGGACGUCACUGUAGCAUUGCCAACUCUAUGCCCAAACCGGCAUGGUUCACCUCAGAAACCAUCAUGAAGUAGUACGAGAGACUACACAAUGGGUUCUUAUUAUAUUGAAAAGCAUAAACUGAGUAUGUACCAUAAACAGACUUCUCUUCCAUGAAUGCCUCUUUCAAACAUCAGUGAACUAGAGUGAGAGCAGUGUGCAUGAACUGAACUUCAAACCUAAAGGCAAGCUGAUAACUAUUGUUUUUUCUUCCAUCUUCAGUUGUUGAUUAAGCAUUUCUUGAUCCUACCACCUACAUUUAAAGUGUUAUUCUACAAGUGUGGUAUAGGCCUAAACUGCAUAUUCAAAAGCCGUCAAAGGCUGUUGUUCAUUUUUGCCUCAUUCCAAGUAUUUCUUUCUAUAUGUUUGUCAUGCACAAAGAGUGAGACCUGAACCCAGAUAAACUCCAACAUACAAUCAUCUCCCUUCAUCCAAACUAUGCAUUUUUAUAUUUACUGUGGAUCUUUUAUGGAUUUUUUUCUUCGCCAGGCAACUAUUGAAUAUUGUUAUGACUCAUUAUCUGUGCAAAUCUUAAAGAGUGACAAUUAGUAUUCAAAUAUGAAGCAACAUCACAAUCAGAAUUUGUUAACUUUAUUAUCAGGCCUUCAAACAUUUCCAAGUGUAAUAGAUAAAUAAUAUAACAAUAAUUACAUGGUUGCCAUUAUAUCUGGCCAUAGAAAAACAUUUGCUGGAAAAGUGUGAGAUUAUAAAUUACAUUUUGUUUUGUUUGUAUAUACUAAAGUGGCACCCAGUCAUGUUUGGGGUACUUUUAGUUGUUUUUUUCAGAAUUUUAACUAUGAACAUGCUAGAAAUCUCUGCAUGAAAGUGGGUAAAAGUUGAAUUUAAAACUCAACUCCAUACCAUUGCAAACAUGACAGGUAUUGAGUGGUUAUUCUCAAGAUUCAAAUCUUUUACACUUUGCAAUUUUAGUUUAAUUCCAACAAAUUCUGACUAAGAUUUUACUUCUAAUCAAAUCAAUAAUUCCUGCCAUUUUUUGUCUGAGAUUGCCGAUUAGGCUGUUCCAGUUCUGUUUUAUUGUUUUCCACUUUUACAAGUCAACUCAAGGUUAUCUACGGAAUAUAUUAAAUUUACAUGAUAGAGAUCCUACAUUUGUUUAAUAGGCACUGUGAUUGUAAGGCUCAAUGUAUAAAGGAUAAUGCAAAUGUGUUUAAACCCAAAACCUGUGUACAUGGGAGAAACCAAACAAAAAAUUUAAGUGAUCGCAUGCUUGCGUCAGCUGUCAGGUGUUUCCAUUUGUGUCACUUUAUUUUAUUAGUAGACAUACUGUACAUAUAUAAACAGGACUGGCAACUUGUUCCCUAGUUACCACAACAGAAGACAAUUUUGCUCGGAGCCAUAGUCAAUGUCAUGUUAAAGGUCCAUUGAAAAAUUUACCCUUUUCACAAACAUAGCAAACAUACUUUCACAUUAGUGGAAGAAAGAGUCCACGCUAACAGAACUGAUGCAGAGGCUCCAUAUUCUUUAGACACUUUUGGACUAGCAAAGGUGAAAUGAAACAGUACAGAUGUCGUGGUUUCGAGCCUUCUUCAGUGUGCUAUAAUACCUUGCAGUCUGUAUAUUUAUAUGUUUGACCUAAUCCACAAUAAAAAGAACUGCUAACAGGCUAACGCUAAUUCUUGGGCCUAGCUCUCUAUUAGCUUUCUGAGACCAGGAUGUGAACACCUUCACUAAAAGCUUUUGGCUGAAAAUUAGCUCUUUAAUCUCAUAGUAUUUGUUUCAGUCACAUUUAGUGUACUGGAGCAGAACCAAACCAGUGAUGAACAUAUUGCUGAACUAUUACAUUCUGACUGCUGUGCAUGGUGGCAAUGUUUGUGAAAAGGGUUAGUAGGCACAUGAAACAAGUAAAUGAGUAACCUGUUGUGUGAAAGUUUUUCUCAGGUAACCUAAACAAAGCUAACUAGCUAGAAAGCUAAUUUAGCAGAGCAGGUAAAAUGAUUUUGUUUGACCUACAGCACCCAUCUAAUUCCAGCCACUAGCCACUUAAUAAAAACCUCCAUUUCCACGAGUAUUCAGGCAAGAGUGAGAAUGUUUACUGUGUACUGUUGAGAUCACUGAAUUGUAAAGUUAGCAAUUCAGUCAGCAAUGCUCAGACAUUAAUUUCAAGCGCUGAGGAUCUCCACUUUGGCUGCUGAGUAGUACAAUAGAUCACCUGAAGGUUAUCUAUAAUUUUCAGGGUUGGAGUGCACCCUUGAUCUUGUCUUGGUAAUUGACUUAAACUGUCCAUUUCAUAUGUCUGCACUCUGUUUAUCUUGUGUUUAUAUUUUACAUGCCUCACUUGAUUAUCAAUGAUGACUAAGUUAGGGUUAGGUGUUAAUAAGCUGAUUAAGAUGUGUCCGUGUUGAUGGUUCAUGAUCAGCACAUGUAGAUGUGUGGGCAAUGCAUAGGAGGGAUUUAGUAACAGCGUACAGAGGACACUGUAGGCCUUCUAGGAGGCAUGAAUAACUUGUGAGGUACGUGGUUUAUUUAGGCAACUUACACUUCCUAAGGCCCAAUAAAUAAAAAAGCACUUCCUUUUAAGAGGUUAAUAAAUGAGAUUCAGUCUCUUAUUGGAGUGCAAAAUCACCAUUUUAACAGAGGAAGUCCUCCACUAAAGGAUACAAAGCUUACACUUUGACCUACUCAGACUUUAGGGUGAAAAAGGCAUUACCUUAGAAAUUAGGAUUAAUACAUGGGAAUUUAUAAUGUAUUUGUUAAAUGUACAAACUUUAUGUGCAUAUACACACCCACGCAAAAGAGUGCAACACGUUUUAGUUUGGCAAUAAAUGUACCAUCUUUGAUUUUUUUUUUUUUUUUAAGCCUAAUCUCAAAAUGGACCAGGUGCUAAAAGAUUGAGACUUUCUGCUUGUCAGAAUGCACACGGGCCAAAUCCGAGUGAACUGUGCAACAAGAAUCACUUGAUAACCAGGGAUGUGCAGAUCAUGUCUGUAACCCAGCCUCUGGCUGAAAAAAAAUGUAAACAGAGCUUGGUGAAAUAGGGUGAAAUGUAUUUAUUUUUAGGUCUCUAUUUGCUAAAACCAUUCAGUCACAGUGGGGUAGGUGGGGUCAGUCAUUUACAGAAUUGGGAACAGUCAGGGCUCAAGACUAUUUGCUCACUACUUCAUGCAUUAACUGUUUUUACAAGACCGAUGUGUUUGCAUGUGAGUUGCAGUGGUGUCUUUUAUCUUGAUGCACCUGGUUUAUUGCCUUUA